AGAAGAUCACGUGGUACAAGUCUCUUCCGCAUUUGGUGGUCUCGUGACAACAGCUUUGAGUUCUGAUAGCUUGCUAAAUUAAAAUAUCUCUGAUUAAAACAACUGAACGAACAACAAAGUAAAAAUGCUUUCUCGUUUAUUAAAGGAGCACCAAUCCAAGCAGAACGAACGAAAAGAACUUCAAGGUGAGAGGAAAGAAGAGGGACGUAGACGAGAGGCAAUUACUGCUGCCACCUGUCUAACAGAAGCCUUGGUGGACCACCUUAAUGUGGGGGUGGCCAAGGCGUAUGUGAACCAGAGGAAGCUGGACCAUGAGGUGAAGACGUUACAGGUGCAGGCCGGCCAGUUCUCCAAGCAGACUGGCCAGUGGAUUAGUAUGGUGGAAGGCUUCAACCAGGCCCUGAAGGAAAUCGGUGAUGUGGAGAACUGGGCUCGCAGUAUUGAGAUGGAUAUGAGAACCAUCGCCACAGCUCUGGAGUACGUGCACAAGGGACAGCUCACAUCAGCCUCUUCAUAGACACUCUGAACCUAAACCCAGAACUGGURGACUGCUGCUAGCAUUGGUAGCUGAACACUCUCACUGUGAAAGAGGGGGUGGAUUCACAGCGGAUACCACAAUUCUGGACCCAAAAUCCCGAUAAGCCAUCUAUCUCAAAGGACGAUACGUGGGUUCAGACAUGACUACAGCUUUAAGRCUCUGUCCAGUGUUCAUGAGUGACACAUUGCGUUACAGUAGGUAUGUCUAUGGACAAAUAAACCUUAUUGAUCAGAGCAUCUAAGUCC